AUGGCUGUUCCAGGCACUCAGAUCUCCAAGCGCAGAAAGUUCGUCGCCGAUGGCGUCUUCUACGCUGAGCUCAACGAGUUCUUCCAGCGCGAGCUGGCCGAGGAGGGCUACUCCGGCGUCGAGGUCCGCGUCACCCCCACGGUAACCGACAUCAUCAUCCGCGCCACCCACACCCAGGAGGUUCUCGGCGAGCAGGGCCGCCGCAUCCGCGAGCUCACCUCGCUCAUCCAGAAGCGCUUCAAGUUCCCCGAGAACUCCGUCUCCCUCUACGCCGCCAAGGUCCAGAACCGCGGUCUCUCCGCCGUCGCCCAGUGCGAGUCCCUCCGCUACAAGCUCCUCAACGGUCUCGCCGUCCGUCGCGCCUGCUACGGUGUCCUCCGCUUCAUCAUGGAGUCCGGCGCCAAGGGUUGCGAGGUCGUCGUCUCCGGCAAGCUCCGCGCCGCCCGCGCCAAGUCCAUGAAGUUCACCGACGGCUUCAUGAUCCACUCUGGUCAGCCCGCCAAGGACUUCAUCGACCACGCCACCCGCCACGUCCUCCUCCGCCAGGGUGUUCUCGGCAUCAAGGUCAAGAUCAUGCGCGGCUCCGACCCCGAGGGCAAGGCCGGCCCCCAGAAGACCCUCCCCGACGCCGUCUCCAUCCUUGAGCCCAAGGAGGAGCAGUCCGUCGUCCAGCCCAUGUCCCAGGACUACGGCGCUAAGGCCGCCCAGGCCCAGGCCGCCGCUGAGGCGCAACAAGCGGAGCAGCAGCCCGAGGCUGGCGAGGAGGCUGAGGCUCAGUCGUAG